UGUUGAAGUGUGCGGACAUAUUGUAGUGCUUACAUGUGUUGUAGUGAGUUGAACGAGAUGCCAGGACCGGACUCCGAGUCCACUGGAAAGAAUUUAUCACAGCAUCGGAACUGUUUGUGGUUGAAACUACAAUCUGUGAUCAGUUCCUCGCAUUGUUUGUGAACCUAAAAAAGGGGCUUAGAUGCAAACCUGAUUCAUGAAAACGUAAGUGAAAGUUAAUUUAUAAUGACGUCUAUCAAGGAAGAUGAAAAGAAAGAAAUACCCGAAAUAAUUCAAGAUCCUCAAACAAAGAGCACAUAUCACAGAUUGCGGUUUUUCGGAAAGGGAGGCUUUGCAAAAUGCUACGAAAUCCAAGACAUCGCCACCAACCAGGUGUACGCGGGGAAAAUUGUUUCAAAAAAGCUUAUGGUAAAGUCGAGUCAAAAGGAAAAAAUGGCUCAGGAGAUCUCUAUCCACCGCUCACUGCAACACAAACAUGUGGUGGGCUUCCAUAGCUUCUUUGAGGACUCACUCAACAUUUACAUUGUACUGGAGCUCUGCAAGAGAAGGUCCAUGAUGGAAUUACAUAAGCGUAGAAAAGCCAUCACAGAGCCUGAAACAAGGUUCUAUAUGCGUCAGAUAUUACUCGGUGUGCAGUAUCUACACAGCCGGAGGAUUAUACACAGAGAUCUUAAGUUGGGAAAUCUUUUCCUUGACGAUGACCUGUGCGUUAAGAUUGGAGAUUUUGGACUAGCAGCUAAAAUUGAAUAUGAAGGAGAGAGAAAACAGACUUUAUGCGGCACACCAAAUUACAUAGCUCCUGAGAUAUUGACAAAGAAGGGGCACUCCUUCGAAGUGGACAUUUGGAGUUUGGGCUGCAUCAUGUACACCCUGCUUGUGGGAAAGCCACCUUUUGAAACAUCAACUCUCAAAGACACAUACAAAAGAAUCAAGCAGUGUGAAUACAGUGAGGGGAUAUAUCUAGCGCUGCAUACUUGUUGUGCGGGCCCCUGGAAAACAUUUGGUACUCGGUACGCUCAGGCCGUAGUCAACGACAAUACACGCAAGAUGCGUUACAGGGUACCAACAACGCUGAGGAAGCCGGCGACCUCAAUGAUCGUGCUCCAGCUGCAGGCCAACCCUGCGCUGCGGCCCUCGGUGGACAAGCUGCUGCGACACGAGUUCUUCUCGUCGGGCAUCUUACCGGCCGCGCUGCCGCUCUCCUGUCUCACCACCGCACCCCGCACAGACCAGCUCGAGGGCAUGAUGCAACGACGCCCGCUCAACGAAGUCAACAAUAUUAACAAUGUUGGCAUGGCGGCCAGCAUACCGGCCCAGGUGAAGGCGGAGCCGCGCACUGGCGAGUCCAGCUCACACCGGCAGAACCUUGUUGCCCUGCGAGAUCAGCUCGCCGCGCUGCUGCAGUCCAAUCUGAAAUGCCGACCGGAGUGUCUGACGGAGGGUCUGAGCGAUCCCGCGGCCCAACCGCUGGUGUGGGUGGGCAAGUGGGUGGACUAUAGCGACAAGUACGGCUUCGGAUACCAGCUGUGUGACGAGAGUGUCGGCGUUAUGUUCAACGACACCACCAAACUCAUCAUGCUCUCCAAUGGAGUAAAUGUUCACUACAUUGACCGGCAUAGCACUGAAAAAUAUAUGACAAUGACUGACUACCCACCAGAGCUGGACAAAAAGAUGAAACUCCUUUCGUACUUCCGUAGAUACAUGACCGAGCAUCUUAUGAAAGCAGGAGCGUCAGUACAAGUUCGCGAGAGUGACGGUCUAUCGCGACUGCCUCACCUGCACCAGUGGUUCCGCACCACGCUCGCCGUCAUCAUGUAUCUCACCAACGGAACACUACAGAUCAACUUCCAAGAUCACACGAAGAUAAUAUUGUGCCCGCUGAUGCAGGCUGUCACGUAUAUUGAUGUGGAGAAGAACUUCCGCACGUUUAGGUUCAGCACCAUAGAGGAGCACGGCUGCGAUAAGAAACUGUACACGAACCUCACUUAUGCUUUAGAGAAAAUCAACAGCGUGCUUUCCACGAAACUCUGCUAGUGACUACUUAGACUUAAAUGAUUCUUAUAUUAAUCAGGAUCUUGUUAAUUAACUUCACAGGUUUUGUAUAAGGUCCCUAGUAUUAAUGCCCUUUUAUGACAAUUUGCUGAAAAUGAAAUGUCUAAAUGUACAAAUUUAAUGUUACACUGUCUUAGUUUAGUCGGCUGUCGGCCAAUGGACGUAUUUUUUUUACUAGGGACGCGCAUAGUUUUGUAGAGUGACCAAACAAUCGUAAAGCUGAAGAUGAAUCAGCGAAUUUUUCAUUUAAAUUGCCUGCACUUCUGUUCCUAUUGUUGAAACACUUGUAUAAAAACUGGACAUUCCACAGAUUAUCUUUAGAAAAACAAAGAUACAGUCGAACCUGAAUAAACUAGAACUGUAUGAGUGAGAAAACUAUAAGCGAGAGUUAUUGUCCGGUCCCGAUGGAAGACAUCCAUAACAAAGAAACUCAGGUUAGAGAGAAACUUCUAUA